CGUGCUCCUGCCCCGCCCACUUCCGGCAGCGGCAGCCAAUGGGAGGCGCCGCGCCGGGGCUGACGCAACCGCGGGCCGCGAUGGCGAGUGUGGCGGGGCUUGUGCUGCUUCUGCUGCUCUUCUGUGUCGCUGUGGGGUGCUGGGACCAGCCGGGAAGGGUCCUGCUGAGGGAGGUGCAGGCGCUCACUCUCCAUAGAGGUCUGUACACGGCAUCCCGCAGGACAGCUGCAGUCCCGCAGUUACAGUGCACGGGAGGCACUGCUGGAUGCUCUCAUGUCCCUGAGGUUGUUCAGUGUUACAACAAAGGCUGGGAUGGCUAUGAUGUACAGUGGCAGUGCAAAGCAGACCUAGAAAAUAUCUACCGUUUUGGACAAAUCGAAGUGAGCUGUGAAGGCUACGAUUAUCCGGAUGACCCUUACAUCUUAAGAGGCUCCUGUAGUUUGCUGUUCAGGUUAGAGCUGACUGAGGAAGGGGAAAGGAAAGUGAAGAACUCUGGAAGCUUUGACUAUGGUUUUUAUCAGUCAAGGAAGGAUUCUUCUGAUUCUAGUGCUGGAGCAAUUGUUAUAAUCGUUCUUCUGGUUCUCGCUUUUGGAGUAUACAAGCUGUUCCUUAGCAAUCAGCAGCCCCAGCAGACUUUUGGCGACAGCAGUGGAUUCACUGGGCCCUCCUGGCAGAGUCAGCAGGCACCUCCUCCUCCUGGCUUUAAGUCCAGCUUCACAGAAGGCAGUAACUUUGGCACUCAUUCCAGUCAUGGAACCAAUUCAGGACCAGGAUUUUGGACUGGAUUAGGAGCAGGAGGCUUGCUUGGCUACUUGGCUGGUAGUCACAGAGCACAGCCACGUUCCCCAUAUUACGGUAUGUGGACAGAUCCCACAGCUGCACCUCCAAUGAGUGGCCAGUCAAGCAAUUCCACACAAGGUAGCAGUUCAGGAACAAGAACUGCUUCUGGCUUUGGGGGCACAAAAAGAAGAUAAAAUCCUUCAUGUUAUUACCUCUGAGUGAUUGAACUAGAUCUUCCUGUGUGGUAGCACUUUUUUUACUACUAGGCUUCAAAAGUGCAUGUGAGAAGAUGUGAAGAACUAGGCAAAGCUUUCCUCUUUCUCUGUGGAAAUGUGGACACUCCCUCUUAUUUAGGGCAUCACGGGUGCUGGAACAUCGACUAUUCCACAACAACGGCUUCUCAUAAGAUAGAAAAAUAAAGUCAUCCGAGUUAAGAAGAAUGAUGUUAUAAUACAUAUGUAUGUGUUCAUACUUGAUGGAUUAUGGAGGUGGUAGCUCUACCAGAUUUUCAAAGCAAGUGGUUUACUCAUAUUCUGGGCUUAAUUACAUUUAAUCCAGAAUUUCCAAGUUUUUAUUGGUAAUCAGCAUCUGACAAGGCCUAGUAUGUAAUGCACCUGAUAUUGAAGGAGUGCUGUUCUUGGAAGCUACUUUUGCUUGUCUUUGUAAAAUUAAUGUGAACAUUAAUGUAAGUGCAAUCAGCUACUCACGGGUGUUGGGGGUUUUCCUUUGUGGAAAAGAGCAAAACUGUGUAUAGAGCCUAACUUUAAUCUAAUGUUUGUAUCUGGUAUGUGACUAUUGGAGCCAAAAUAAGCUCCAAUAGUCACAAUAGAUUCAAGGGCACUCUGUGUUUUAGGAUUUAUCCAAGUGGCUGUGAAAACCUAGGGGAUUUUGUGUAUAAAUUGGGGGGAGGCAACCAAACAAAACUGAGACGAGGUGGUCCUUCUCUUAUUUAGGCCUUUUUCUGGAAGACUGGCACUGCUUAAAUUCAGAUGGCUGCAGACACUUUGCCCAUAUUGAGGCUUCAAGCUUUUCUUUUUAUGGUGAAUGUUAGCAGUGCUAUGAAAACCUCUCAUGUGAGGUGGUAUGUAUCUUAGCCCCUGCCUCUCCUACUAGGUAACCUGUCCAGGACACGGUAAACCAAAGGUGCCCAUUGCGAAAGGGAAGGGAGUAUUCUUGAUUCAGUGCUGGUAGUAUCUUUAGAACAUUGCAGGCCUUGAGGCUAAGCAAAGAAAGGAAAUUCAGCAUCUAAUGGGAUGUCAACUUUCCCAAAUGUACUUUUUAGAAACAAUGUACUGUCAAAGAGUGGGAAGCAGAGGGGCCUUGAUUUUUUCUGUAGUGACAUUGUUGAGCUCUGUAAAGUGUCAUAUAGUUCUUGUGUGGUUGACUGUGCCCCGUGAGAGGCAUCGGUGAACUAAACCUAGAAAUUCCUCAGGACUGAGGAGGAGAGGGGGCAAGAAUGAAAAAUGGGCUACUUGACCACCAAGUCCUCUCCUGAGGCAAUCCUAAUGCAAGAUAGUGUGUGUGCGUGCACAGCUCUUCUGUGCUGGCAGCAGCCCAAGAAGCAUAGCUUUCAUACUGUGUCUGGGAACUGAAGUGAACUACUAAAGCAACAGCAAAGCACUGUUUUGCUGAUACAAGCUGCAUGUCCACAAAAAGAUUUAGCAGGUAUGGUUAGUCCAGGAAAAUGACUUUAGUGUUACUCAUCAAAAAGCAACUAUGUCCAUUCAUGAGUACAAGGAAUAAGUAGCUCAAAUGAUAAUUCUAGAGUUUGGUGUCUGUCUUAAGCAACAAAAAAAGCACACAUAGAAAUGUUUUUUGUACCAUCUGUUGACUUUUAAAGUGUAGAGAUUGCACUGAAAAUGUGAAAAUUGUGAUAAAAUUGACUUGAGGAUAAUGUAGUGAUUUGCUGCUCAUCGCUGCUUGAGGACUGGGGGAAAUAUCUUCAUUAACAGCCUGUUUUGUUGGCCUACAAAGCAAGAGAUGGCAAAGACCUGAAUGCUGGCCUGCUGGAAAGUUUCACCUUUUGUGAGGAAAAAGUAAUGAUAAAUCUUUCCUCAUUUUACCCAAUAUAGCAAUAUAACGUGUUUUAAGUGUGGAGGUUUUACUUAUUUCUAAGUGUUUUCAGAUUGAAAUUUGUCAUAGUCAAUACUCUCUUUGCCAACUGAUUACAUAACAAUUAAACUGGAUUUUUUGCUAGCUGGGUAGUUUGGAGCUGAAGUUUGCUCAAACUGUGAUGUGUUAUAAAAUGUUUUGGGCACUGUUUUCCUCUGUAUAUAGUUUCUGCAUUAAAUGUGAUUUGAUGCAUAAA